UGGACCAAUCACGGUGCGCCAACGAUGUACCCACAAAAUCCAAAAUCACCGUUCUGUCAAAUCAAUUUUUAAUAACUGUCAACGUGUAAAACAAGCCAAUAGUUAAUUAUUUUUGAUAAAAAGUGUAACAAUCAGUGAUUUUUUACGAAAUAAAAGCUCAACCCCAGAAAUGGAAUUUCAAUUAAUCUUCACUGUUCUAUUCGCAAGCAUCGUCGCGGUGAACAGUUUAAAGCAAGGAGAAUGCGAAGUCUGUAUCAAAGUCUUGGACAAAUUCGCGGCCAGUUUAUCAGACGACGUGAAAAAAGACCCGAAAUUGAUAGAAUCCAAAUUUCGGGACUAUUGUAAAAACACGAGAAACAAGGAGAAUCGAUUUUGUUACUACUUGGGGGGCCUUGAGGAAAGUGCCACUGGUAUUUUGGGCGAAAUGUCCAAACCGCUUUCAUGGUCAAUGCCAUCGGACAAAAUCUGCGAAAAAUUGAAGAAAAAAGACGCCCAAAUCUGCGAAUUGCGCUACGACGUCGAAAUCGAUUUAAAGACAGUUGAUUUGAAGAAACUCAAAGUGAGGGAUUUGAAGAAGAUUAUCAACGACUGGGGCGAAGACUGCCAAGGGUGCAUCGAAAAAAGCGAGUUCAUCCAAAGAAUAGAAGAAUUGAAGCAUAAACAUACCGAACUUUAAGUGUGUUGUUACUAGUGAAAUACUGGACUGAUUAUUUAUUACUGGAGCUCCAAGCGCACCGUUCCCAGUGAAUGUGCAUGAAAUUAACUUUAUUUCAUAGUUCCGUUUAUUAGGAUUGUAUUUAUAUUUGUAAUAAACAUGAAUUGAAAAACA